AUGGGUUUUGGGGAUAAGUGGGCAGCCUGGAUAAGAUGGUGCAUAUCCACAACGAGCUUUUCGGUUCUGGUUAAUGGUACUCCGUCGGGCUUUUUCCAUAGCAGUAGAGGUUUGAGGGAGGGAGAUCCUCUAUCUCCAUAUCUCUUUGUGAUUGGGAUGGAGGCCCUUAGCACCCUCAUUAAUAAAGCUGUAAGUGGGGGUUUCCUAUCAGGUUGCAGGAUUAGGGGAAGGGUAGGAGACGGGAUUCAAAUAACCCAUUUGCUAUUCGCUAAUGACACUCUCAUAUUUUGUGAAGCUACCACAGAGCAGAUGUCAUCUUUGUGUUGGAUUUUAAUGUGGUUUAAAGCCAUUUCAGGCCUGAAAAUAAAUUUGGACAAGAGCAAAAAUUUUCCGGUGGGAAGGGCUGAUAAUGUGGAGGAAUUGGCUCUAGAAUUAGGCUAUAAGGUGGGGGCGCUGCCCUCCUAUUAUUUGGGGCUUCCUUUAGGGACUGCUUAUAACUUGGUGGCAGUUUGGGAUGGGAUGGAGGAGAGGUUCUGGAGGAGGUUGGCCAUGUGGAAGAGACAUUUUAUUUCUAAAGAGGGAGGAUUACCCUCAUUCGGAGCACGGGAUGGUAGAAGAGUGAGAUUUUGGGAGGAUAGGUGGUGCAGAGACAAGGCUCUAAGUCUUUCUUUCCCUUCUUUGUAUGCUUUGGUGACUUCUAAAGAGGCAUGGGUGGCGGAGGUUUGGGAUGCUACAGGGGAGGAUGGGGGAUGGAACCCACGCUUUUCUAGGCCGUUUAACGAUUGGGAAAUGGAGAUGGUGGAGAGAUUCAUUUUCUUAUUGCAAGGGAAGAGGGUGGUUAUCAAUUUGGAGGAUCAGAUGCAGUGGAAGGAGGCUAAGGAUGGUAAUUUUUCUGUGAAAUCCUUUUAUAGAGCUUUGGAGGGCAGCAGCACAGUCCCGUUCCCGAAAAGUAUCAUUUGGAGCACUUGUGUUCCUACUAAGGUCGUUUUUUUUGCUUGGGAAGCCACUUGGGGUAAAGCUCUAACGUUGGACCAGCUAAAAAAGAGGGGCUGGUCUCUUCCGAAUGGAUGUUACCUUUGUGGUGUUGCUGAAGAGACUGUUGAUCAUCUUCAAAUUCAUUGCACCAAGGCAAGGGUUUUAUGGGAGUUGUUAUUUAACCUUUUUGGUGUGAUGUGGGUUCUUCCAUCGUCAGUGAAGGAGAUCCUUCUUGGGUGGUAUGGUGUGUUUGUGGGCAAGAAGCGGGUUAAAGUUUGGAGAGCAGCCCCUUUAUACAGGAGCACUUCUUUACUGGACAGACAGCAUCACAUCGUUCCAGCUGCUGCUUGCCCCAGUUUCCUCUGUAAAUUAGCCAACCCUAAUGAAGCAAUACCUUACAUGGGCCAAAACGUCUAA